AUGUUCAAUUUCCAUAAUAUCUGCUUGGUACCCAGCUCCUUCUGGCUCACUGGCAUCCCAGGGCUGGAGUCCCUGCACAUCUGGGUCUCCAUCCCCUUUGGUUCCAUGUACCUGAUGGCUGUGAUGGGGAAUGUGACCAUCCUGGCCAUGAUAAGGGUGGAGCGCAGCCUGCACCAGCCCAUGUACUUCUUCCUGUGCAUGUUGGCUGUCAUUGACUUGAUCCUGUCAACCUCCACCAUGCCAAAACUGCUGGGAAUCUUCUGGUUUGGUGCUGGCGAGAUUGGCCUGGAUGCCUGCUUGGCCCAGAUGUUCCUCAUCCACUGCUUUGCCACUGUUGAAUCAGGCAUCUUCCUUGCCAUGGCUUUUGAUCGCUAUGUGGCCAUCUGUGACCCACUGCGCCACACAUCAGUGCUCACCCAUGCAGUGGUGGGUCGUUUGGGGCUUGCUGCCCUCCUCCGGGGCAUAAUCUACAUUGGACCUUUGCCUCUGAUGAUUCGCCUGCGGCUGCCUCUCUACAAAGCCCAUGUAAUCUCCCACUCCUACUGUGAGCAUAUGGCUGUGGUCACCUUGGCAUGCGGCGACAGCAGAGUCAACAAUGUCUAUGGGUUGAGCAUUGGCUUUCUGGUGCUGAUCCUGGACUCAUCGGCUAUUGCUGCCUCCUAUGUGCUGAUUUUCAGGGCUGUGAUGGGACUGGCCACUCCAGAGGCCAGGCUUAAAACCUUGGGUACAUGCAGUUCUCACAUCUGUGCCAUCCUGAUCUUCUAUGUUCCCAUUGCUGUUUCUUCUCUCAUUCACCGAUUUGGUCACCAUGUACCUCCUCCAGUACACACCUUGCUGGCCACCUUCUAUCUCCUCAUUCCUCCAAUCCUCAACCCCAUUGUUUAUGCUGUCCGUACCAAACAGAUCCGAGAAAGGCUUCUCCAAAUCUUCAAGAUAGAGGCUAAAGGCAGAUGA